AUGAUGCAUGUCUAUGCACUGUGUCGUAGCGGAAUUCACUGGAGUUGUAGACGCAUCACGGGAAUUAUGGCGGUCGGCUUCCUAUCAGCUAUGAGCGCAGGUGUUGUCAUCAUAUACGAGUCUUUGGAGGCCACCACAACUCAGGUCAUCUACAAUCCGCUGGUGGAUGCAUCGUUAUGUGCAAUAAGUGGUAUCCCAAAAUACGUGCCCCUCUUUUUCGUUCCGAUGGCAACCUUAGAAUUAGUCCUCGGCGGUUUGGCGACCUACACCUUGCUCCGCAACACUGGACUACGGUCACCGCAGCCGUCUCUAACCUUCAAUGUGUGCUCGUACGGGAUACGGCCAUAUACACUAUCCUAUACGCUUCGCUCAUGA